UGCACAGCUCCUGCUCCUGUGUCCCGACUUGCACAGUCCCAAUAAACAAGACAUGUCAAGUCCAAUUCGAAGGCCACCGUGCGACGACACAUCCCCACAAGAACCAACCUCACAAAAAAUCAAUCAACUGCAGCUGCAGGCACCUUCUCCAAGACACGUUUCAUUUCACCCACAGCAAGCGCAAGUACCAACUGGCUCUAUAGCCUUUUUUACUCGUCCUCCUCUUCUCCUCCCCGUCCCUUCCGCCCCACCCCACGAACCUCAAGCAAACGAACGAACUCACUCGCCGCAGAAGCCCGCCCACCCGCGGCCGAGAAGUCGCGCCGCUUAGCUCCAUCCGAUGGCUUCCGCUGCGGCGUCGCGUCCCCCUGCCCCACCGCCGCCACCCCCGCCGCCUCCGGCGACGAUGCAGUGGCUCAGCCCGCGGGUGUCCUUCAGCCUCGACGACGCGGGCUGCGGCGGCGGUGGGGGAAGGGACGCGGCGGCGGUGAUGGGAGCGGGGAAGCCGAGCGCCGACUUCGAGUUCCUGCUCGCGGGCUGCUCCGCGGUCUCCACCAUGCUCCCCGCCGACGAGCUCUUCUCGGGCGGGAAGCUCGUCCCUCUCCGCCUCCCCGCGCAGACGCCCGCCAGCUGUUCGACGGCGCGUCGGCCUCCUCUUACCCCGCCGGAGCCGGAGACGACGAAUACGCCCAAGCCGGAUCAGGAGCUGGCCAAGGAUGUGUCCAUGGCGUCGGAGGAAGAGGGCCCCAAGGUCGUGCCGGCCAGGCGGUGGAGGGAUCUGCUCCGGCUGCGCAAGCAGCAGGCCUCGUCGUCUUCGGCUUCGUCAGCAUCCUCAACGGAGACCACCAAGCCGCUGCGCCGCCUUCUCCGCCGUGGCAGCGGCGGGCCCAAGCCGCCGGAGCAGGAGCCGUCGCUCAGCCUUCCCCUCCUCCGCCCCGACGAUGAGCUCUCGCCCUCGCCCGCUUCCACGACAGUUCUUCAUCCUCAUCUUCAACCUUCGACUCCAUCCAAUCCCCAUCAGCAGCAUCAACAUCAGAACCACCAUCUGCCGCCGAAGAUCCGCCUGACGCCAUCGCAGCAGGCAACGGCGCCGCCCCCGCCGCCUCCGCCGCCGCCGCCACCUCCUUCCGCGGUCGCCGCCGACAGCCCGCGGCUGAACGCGGCGGGGAAGGUGGUGUUCAACGGGCUGGGCCGCAGCUCGUCCAGCCCCAGCAGCCUCGCGGGCGGGCGGCGCGCGCACGGCCACCGCUGCGGCGGGGGCGUGGGCAUGGAGCGUUCCUACUCGGCGCACGUGCGCGUGACGCCGGUGCUGAACGUGCCCGUCUGCCGCAAGUCCGUCUCCGUCUUCGGCAUCGACCGCCUCUUCUCCCCUUCCUCCGCCUCCUCCGCCGCGCACGCCGCUGCCAGCAAGAAGGGGAAGGUGGCGAAGAAGGAAGCAGCGCCGGUAACAACCGCCGCCGCAGCAACAGCACCUUCGCCCCAGAUGGCAGUUUGGCUCGCGAGGAGUCGGGCUGCUCCUGCUCUGCUCGCGCCACGAGCGAACCACAUGGCCGCCGCUGCGGUCGGUCGGUCAGAGACGCGUAGACAUGCAUGUGCUUGCCGCCGCUGCCGCCGUUGAGUCAGCAGUAGUCUUCAGUCGGCCAUGGAUCUGGCCAUCAUCUAUCAGAGGCUGCCAACACUAGUCAUCUCCUUUCAUUUCCUUCCAUCGAUCGUUCGUUCGCCUUCUUGCCAUCAUCUACUUCUCCUUCCGUGGCGUAAAUAAAAUAUCCGUUGGGUUUCUUGUUCACGGUCGUCGGUCCUCUGGGACUGGCAUGGCAUGCACGAUAUGGAAACAAAUAUUCACAGCCUGAGAUGCACGGUGCAUCAGUGCAUGAACAUCGCAUGUGGAAGCAAAAGACUGACGUACAGCAACAAGUGCAGGCAGGCAGCCAUGCGCACGUGACCUGCACAACGAACGGCGUGAGACGACGACGGCUCUGCAGAUGGAGGAAUCGGUAGAGGCCUGCAGGCUAGCUAUAUAUUGGACUACUGUGCUCCUACUGUCCUAGGCGUCCUGCCUUGGGUCUUUGAUUAUUUUCUUUCUCUCCCUGCUUUUUCUCAAUGCGUAUUGUAGUACUGUACUACCGAGUGUUUUUCUUCUUCUGGUCUACUCAAUGUGUACAAUCGCCUCGUUGUACUUUUUACCGCUUCAUUGAUCACCAGAGGUGGUGCUCCGUCGUCUUCUUCUUCUAUCUGCUUUUCUGAAUGCGGAUAGGCAUCUAAGCCCUGUGAGAGACUAUGAAUUUCUGCAUCACGUUUUGAGCGAGACAGGUCUUUGAUAUUGGACUAUGAAAGUGGUAAUUAACGUUGAAGGUUUUGAUAUGUGUAAAUCGCCUGAUUUUUUAGUCAGAAAUAAGUCGAUUGUUCAGUCUAAUUUGUGCUGCUUCCAGACUCACGGAGAACGAAAGAGAGAAGUGGGUAUGGAAGCCAAAGACUAAUUCGACGAUACGUCGAUUCAGAUUUACUUAAAAAUCAGACGUGCGAGAUAUACUCCGUAUAACCUCUGACCGAGUUUCCUGACUCUCAAAAAUCUCACCGGAAUCAUUUGAGGCCGGGAGGCGUAGUACAUAGUCCAUACCACCGUGACAUCCAUGGGCCAUUGGCCAGCAUACCACAAGGCAACAGUAACUGCCCACUGUUUCACUGACAGGUGACCUGUCUGUCCACCAAGGUGCUACCCCGGGCCCACCUGCCAGGGUCUGCCCCCCACACCCCUACAGGCUACAGCGCC